AAAAAAAAAUUAAUUCUCACCCAUCAUGUGACAAGCGUUAGGCGGCCCACAGUCACCCUUGAAAGCAGUGCCGUCGGAACUCUGGCAGUUGACAUCAUUUCUGGUUUAUGUUGACUUUUACCAUAUGCUUUUGUAAUUACACAUUUUGAGGAGAUCUAGGAAGCAGGGAGGUGAGGUGGGGUUCUUACUUUCUUCCAUCGUAGCCUGGCCAGAGCCAAGGGAGUUCGCAAACGGUAUGUCAUUCGACCAAGUAGAUAUGAGCCUAUGACUUUGCUAAAAUAAAACUACAAAUGGAAGAUUGGGGUGGGAUCAUUCCUGCUUUAAACCCUCUUCAAGUCUACCAGUAGGGUAAUUAUUUCUGCCGAUCCUAACAAAAACAAGUGGAAAAAGAACAAUAGGCAUGGAGAAUCUGGGGAAAGCCAUAGAAAUAGCUGGUUCAGUGGUGGAUUAUGCUUUAAAUUUUGAGGAAAAGAAGCAAGUUCUAGAAAGAAAAUUGAAACAACUAGAAAGCGUUGAAGCUGACAUAAUUGUGGAACUAGAAAAUUCAGAAUCUUGGUCUGGUAAGAAACGGAAGAAUGAAGUUGCAAAUUGGCUGAGUAAUGUAGCACAGAUGAAAAGAGAGGUUCAGAGCAUAGAAGAAGUAAUAGCACAGGGUGGAUGGAGCAUACUUUUAGGAAAGAAUUUAGAGAAAAAGACUGAAGAAUUGAAUGAACUUCUUGAUCAAAGGAAUAGAUUUCAAGGAGCACUUGUGCUUGAUGUGCAAGAGGAUGGUGGAGAUCAAUUGCUAGCCCCAAAAUUAGUGGGGCAAGCAUUUCAAACAAAUUUUAGUGAGAUUAAGGAAUGUUUAGUGAUGGAUGAGUUCUCAAUUAUUGGCAUUUACGGGAUGGGAGGAGUAGGUAAAACAGCACUGGUAACACAUAUUCAUAAUGAGCUUCUUCUAAGAAACAGAAAUGUUUAUUGGACAUCUGUAUCACAAGACUUGAGCAUUUCUAAAUUGCAGAAUCGUGUUGCCAAAACUAUCGGUUUUGAUCUUUCCAAUGAAGAUGACGAAAAGAAAAGAGCUGCAAAACUGUCAAAAGCUUUAAGUAAGAGACCAGAAUUUGUUCUUAUUCUUGAUGAUUUGUGGAUCCAUUUUCCUCUGGAGAAAGUAGGUAUACCUGUUGGAGCGAAUGGAUGUAAGUUGAUUCUUACAACUCGUUCGUUAGAUGUUUGUUGGAGGAUGGGUUGUCAAAAAAAAUUCAAAGUGGAGCCUCUUUCCGAAAAGGAAUCUUGGAACUUAUUCGAGGAGAAAAUAGGAGAAGCAGUUUUAGAAGAAGUUAAACCAAUUGCAAAAUCUAUUGUGAGGGAAUGUGCUGGUUUGCCACUUGGAAUUGUAACAAUAGCUGGAAGUAUGAGGGGAGUGAGUGAUGUUUAUGAAUGGCGAAAUGCAUUGAGGGAACUGCAAGAAUCAAUACUUUGGCAAGGUGACAUGGAAUAUGAGGUAUUCCGAAUAUUGAAAUUUAGUUAUAAUCGCUUGAUUGAUUCAGCAUUGCAACAGUGUUUCUUGUACUGUGCAUUAUAUCCAGAAGAUCAUAAAAUCAAAAGAGUGGAGUUGAUAGAGUAUUUGAUUGUUGAGGGAAUAAUAGAAGGAGGAAGCAGGGAAGCAGAAAUUGAUAUGGGUCAUACCAUAUUAAAUAGACUUGAAAAAGUAUGCUUGUUGGAAAGUGUUGUGGAACAGGGAGGCAGAUGUGUGAAGAUGCAUGACUUGGUUCGAGAUAUGGCCAUCCAAAUAAUGAAAGUGGAUCCAAGAGUGAUGGUUAAAGCAGGUAAACAGCUGUUUGAAAUGCCAAAUUGGAGGAAUUGGGCAGAGGAUCUUGUGAGAGUUUCAUUAAUGUAUAACCAUAUAGAGGAAAUUCCUUCUGGCUAUUCACCAAGGUGUCCCCAGCUUUCAACCUUAUUAUUGUGUGGCAAUAAGUUGAGAUCAAUUGCAGAUUCUUUUUUCGUUCAGUUGCAUGGGCUCAAGGUUCUGGAUCUCUCUUAUACUCGUAUUGAACAAUUGCCGGUUUUCAUCUCCCAUUUGGUGAAUCUAAGUGCCUUAUUGCUCAGAGGGUGUAGCAGGCUGAGGCACAUGCCAUCAUUGGCACAACUUACAGCGCUGAAGAAGUUGGAUAUGCAUUAUACUAAAGUUAAACAUGUGCCUCAAGGCAUAGAAUUGCUUUUCAAUCUUGAGUAUCUGGAUCUCAGUAACACAGAAAUAAAGGAGUUACCAACUGGAAUAUUACCAAACCUUUUCUCUCUGCAAGUCCUCAUUCUUGACCAAGUUAAAGCAGUGGAAAUAGCAUCCUUGAGGAAGUUGGAAAGAUUGGAAUGUCGUGUCUAUGAUGUUGAUGAGUUGAAUGCAUACACAACUUCAACACAUACUUCCAAUCUAAUUCAAUACUAUCUUCUGGUUGCCCAACAUAAGCCACCAGACAACUUGUUACCACGAGGUUUGAAAGUUGUGUAUUUUGAUAAUUGCAGUAUCGAUGGAGAUGAAGAUGCCAUACUUCUCCCAAAAGACGUCCAAUGCCUGGAUUUUUUUCAAUGCGACAUCAAACGAAGGAGCUUAUGCUUGAAAAAUGCGACUGAACCAAGAUCCUUCACAAUUGCAUCUUGUAAUGGGAUAGAAUGUUUGUUCUCAUUGUCCUCUUCUCCUUCUAUAUUUCAAAGCCUUGAGGAUAUGUAUAUUAGCGAUUUAAAGGACUUGCAUUUCCUCUUUGGUAGAGAAGCAGCUAUGGCAUCACCACCAGCAAAAUUUAUGCCAUUGUCACCACCUCUUGGUACCUUUUCUCUUCUUAAAAAAUUUUCUAUGUGGGGAUGUCCAAGUAUAAAGAAGCUGUUCCCUCCUGGCUUGUCUUCAAACCUUCAAAAGCUGGAAGACAUUUCUGUUCAUUAUUGUAAAAACAUAGAGGAGCUGAUAGCAAUGGAAGAGCAACAAGAAAGCCAUAAAAGCAAGGGCAUUAUUCAUUUCCCUCUCCCAAAAUUACAGUCUAUUAGUUUGAGUUACUUACCAGAACUAAAGAGCAUUUGCAGUGGAAAAAUGAUUUGCAAUUCUCUCUGUAGAAUUUAUGUAGACAGUUGCCUGAAGUUAAAGAGGAUGCCUCUCUCUCUUCUCGUGUUGGACAAUGACCAACUGUCUCCACUCCCUUCUCUCCAAAACAUCAAAAUAUUUCCCCAAGAAUGGUGGGAGACAGUUGAAUUGGACCAUCCUAAUGCCAAGAAUGUCCUCCUGCCCCUUUGCCACUUCAAGAGAUACUGAAGAGGAACUGUUGACGGAAUGUGUGGCAAGUAGAGGCAAGCUGCUUCAUCUUCACUGAUCAUUUUCAAUUCAUUCAUCAACCAUUCUAUCCACCACUUUGCUUUGUCUGGGUUUCAUUUUGUCAGUGUAGGAAGUAUUCCCAGUUUGAAUCAUACUGAACUUUUCUUGCAGUUAUCUUCCACUGCUUCUGUGUAUGUAUUUUUACCUUUAAUGUACUAUAUAUAACACUUACUUUGUUAUGAAUUAUCUUCUUCUUUUUAGAA